AUGGUGGCCGAUGAAACAUCGUCUGGCGAUGCCAGCAAUGCAGUUAAGGAACGCCCAGUUUUUAUACCGCCACGUAAACGUCAAACUAACAAAAAAUCGAAUGGCACACAAAAUUAUGUGGACCACAUAGCCAAUGUACAGAACCGUCAAAAACUCUCUCCCUCUAACAAUGGCCUAGAAGAAGAUCUGCUCAACACGAAGCUGCUGAUUAAAAAUAAACAGCCACUACCCCAAAUACCGGUAAAGAAUGGCGAUCCAGAAGUCAAAUCCGCUGCACAGUCCGUCGACAAUAUCUAUGUCGAUGAUAAUGAGCUGAAUAAUUUCGAAAGUGUUUCACAGGGGACGAAGUCCACAAAUCGUCAUGAAUCCUCAACGGUUACACCCAGCAGCUAUUCGGAGAGUAGUCUCGAUGUAAAACUCAGCAAAUCUCAUGACUGCUUGAGUAAUCGUUCAUCGUCCAAGAAACGGGUUAAUAUUCGCACCGAUUUACCACAGCUGCGAAGUGAACGUAAUUCACCCGAUCAGGCUGCGAACUACGAAGAUUUAGAAUCCGGCGAGACAAGUGUUUUGAACACCUACGAUCAUUCAUUGGAGAGAUAUCAAACGGCCAGGAAAUCUAUGGAUAGCACAAAUUAUUUAACAAUGACCGGAACCAUAAAACGGGGACGCAAGAAAGGUCAAAGUUUUGAUUUACAGUUGAAUAUCAGUCGUGAUGAAUUGGAAAAAAUCAAUGCAGUGGCCAUAAGUACAGUGCAAAAGAAAAAGGAAAAUCUCUGCUGUCGAUGUUCCCUCAAUACUGGGUUGCAUAUUUUUCUACUCUCUCUGAUUUGUUUGCCGUUUGUAUCGAUGAUCACAGCAAUCUAUAGUUUCUAUAUUGGAACAAUAACCUGGUACAAUGUCUUCAAUUAUUUGCAUGAAGAAAAAUCGAUAAUUGUUCGGCUGCUAAUGUCGCCGAUUUUGGUUGCGGCAUAUCCUAUUUAUAUACUGGGAUGUAGUAUCGGUUUGGCCGUGUAUGCCGGAUUUGUACAAUUAAGUUUUCAAUUCUCGAGUUGGUUUAAUGAAGUGGCCGAUAUUGAAAAGGGCUUCUAUGGAUGGCUUUGUUCAUUGCUCAACUUAUCCGAUUGUAGUCCCUAUGAAGUGGUCAUUCUCACCGAUAUACGAGAAGAACCGGUAACGGGUGGGUUGCAUGCACCACGCUUGGAAAUACAAACAUCCAAUGAAGAAUUAACUCUGUAA